AUGAAAAACUUCUCUCUCAAGAAAGAAAGCAGGUUCAGGUCCUCUGAAGCCAUGAGCCACCAUUUCCCUCCGGCGAUCAUCCGUGGCGCCUUCGAAAAUGUGAGGCUGAGUGGCCGGAAUGUGGGAGCAUCGAUGGUAGCGGGUGGCGGGGAUGAUGAGGGCGGUGAGGCACGGGGAAGCUGCAGCAUAAAUAUAUACAUAAAUAAUGAUGUGCAAGGCAUCAACAACUGUGUGUUGUUGGGCAGUGAGGUGAGAAUGGGGGACCCUGGAGUCAGCUUGUCUUUGGAAGGACUGGAUUUGGAUAGAGGGAUUCGCCUUGUGACCAAGAACAAGGCAACUGAUUCUACUACUCGUUUGGUAUUAUUGCUUGUCUUUGUAACGCUCAUCGUCUCAAUCUUAGCUUAUUUUUUCGCUUGA